AUGAACGGGUGGUUAGUGGUACUGGCCUUGGUGGGAUGCCUUAGUACUCUCUAUUUCGCCAUCGGCAUCGGCGUACGCUACCACAGUGGCCUACACCACUGCCCUGAGGUUCUACCUAACUACCGCUUCUGGUGUAGCAUCCUCAACUUCUUCCUGCGUGCGGCGACGUGUGGACACUGUCAUGUUUCCUUUGACCACAAUAACCGUUCGAGCGGCAUCUUUGUGCUGCCGAGUCGCCCCGGUGUCGCGGUGUCCUCGCGCAGGGUGCAGUUCGAGUUAUUAUCCAGCGAUGCCGAUGAUGACUACGACAUCAAUCGCGUCAUGCAGCCAGCGGAAGUGGUCGUAAAGUACUGA